UUGUCCCGCCGCAGUCAUGGCGGAUGGCGGGCGGGACCCGCCUCCCCGGCAGGCUGAGGCCGCGUACGACGAGCUCACUAAAACCUUUUCGGUAGCCGUCGAUAACGUGAAAGACAGAGUGAGCGACUUCGUCAGCGACACCAAAGACUACGUCACCGAACUCGCAGAGAGCGCGUACGUGCGAAGCAAGGAGCGACUCGUCGACCUAGCCGAUGCUGUCUACACGGGCAGUCAGGAGUACCUGGCCGGAUUGCUCAAGGACGGAAGAGCGCGCUUCGAUGAACUGCAGGAUCAGGCUUAUAAGGAAGGGGAACAGUAUUUAGAGGAUGUAAAGACGAAAGGACUGGAGUACCUGGCGACGAAGCGGCGAGAAAGCGAACAGUACUUGGCUGACCUUCAGGAACAAGCGACAGAUCGGGCCGAAGAGUAUUGGGAUGAGUCGCGUGCUUGGGCUUACAAGAGUCUUACAGAGACACUCAAGCCUUACGCUGAACCGAUUCGGAAGAAGAGCACGGAAUCGAUAAAGAAGCCGGCCGACGGGAAGGGCAAGUCUGCGCCUCCUAAACCAAGUGACAAGCAUGGGGAGAAAAAGGCACCUUCGCCGCAGCCCAGCAAGAAGCCGUCGGAGGAAGCAGCACAUCCUAAAAAGGAAGCACCUCAUCCUAAAAAGGAAACACCCCACCCGCCAAAGGAAGCCCCCAAACACGACGAUCAUGCCGACCAUGACAAGAAAGUUAAAUUCGGCCAUAAAGAAGUUCGUACCAUAGGGCCGCCGAAGACACCAGACAAACAUGACGCUGCGGGAAAAGAGGUCAAGAAGAAGACUUCGCCCAAAGGAUCGGCCGAGCACUUGGGAUCGAAAGACGCAAGCAAGGACAAGAAAGAGACGAAACAUGGAACUAAGCAUGAAGGACAGGACCACGCGAAGCCGAAGAAAUCUGAUAGCAAGGAUGGCAAAGAAUCUCCUAAAGGAGGCAAGGGCUCCCCCAAGGGCAAGGAAUCGCAUAAGGAUGUGAAAGCGGAAAAAGGAAAAACUUCCCCGAAGGCUGACGCUAAAAAAGGUCCCUCCAGAGCACCGUCUCCAAGCAAGCAACCUGUUCAGGACAAGUUGGAAAGUCAUUCGCGAAGGGGUUCAAAGAGUAAGGUUUCAAAGCAUGAAGGCGACGAACAAGGAAAACACGAAGGGAAGGUAAAGGUGGUCCUUCGACGAUUUUUUAUGUUCGUACGACGGUUGUGCCGCUGCUGUAAACCGCCUGCAGACAAAGAGGCCCCGCACGAACCUGGACACGUCCAGGAAGCCGACAAGAAAGAAAAAGUUGAUAAAGAAGGCAAGGAGGGGGCACCGAAGAAGAAAGAAACGUUCUUCGAUCGUCUUCUGCAACCUUUGAGGGCAUUAUUGCGGAGAGCCGGUGAGCCUCCACGAGAGUUCAAACUGAACGCCGUCGGAAUCUCGUGUACGGGAUUUGUCGUCUUCAUGACGAUCCUUCUGAUUCUUCUGACGGGCGAACUGGCCGACGAUUUGGAUCGUUCGGUCCGUACGUUCGAAAUCGAGCUCCGCAAGCCGGUACGAGAAGUGGACAGGGCGUUCUUGGGAGCCACGAUAGACUCGUCUAUCCUCGGUGAACCAGGAGCCUGGGGUCGCCUGGUGGGUGAGCCGGACAGUCGCUUCCUUACUCUCGCGCAAGCUCUCGCACCGGCUGUCUUACGGUUUAGCGGGUACGAGACGAACCAUUUCUAUUUCGUCGAAGAUUGCAGGGGGACAUCGACGACGGCUGGGAUAAUAGACAAGCAGGUCCGUGUAAUGCGGUCCCGCUUACGUAAUGUGGCAGACCGCUUUCCUCUGACGGGAGCAGACUGGCUCUCGCUCACUAACUGGACCUCUCACGUGGGGUGGAAGCUUCUGUUCAGCCUCAACUUGCACAAUGUGGAUCCCGGUCUCGAAGAGAACGACGUCCUUCGAUGGAACCUGGCAGACGCUGCCGAACUUCUUCGAUUUCAAGAGCGCCACAACUUGACGCAGGUACUCUGGCAAUUGGGUCACGAGCCAGACCUUACGGGCGGCCUUACGCCUUACGCAUUAGGCAAGGAGUAUGGGUCGCUACACGAACUGCUGCUGUUCUUUCCAGAGUUCUCCACCUUAGUAGGGCCGGGCGUAUCAACGAUACGUCGUCCAGGGAUUCGAUUCCUCGGUUCUUUCCUCAAGAGCCGCGGAAAAUUUGUAGAUGUUGUCUCACUUCAUCAUGUCGUACACUCGAAGCCAGGCCCAAAGCUAUCGCCCGAUGACUACUUAGACGUCGUACCUAUGGAACGGUUUGUUAACAACCUGCGUGAUCUGGACGUGCUACUCCGAAACGUAACUCCCAGAGCCAAGCCAGUUUGGCUGACGUCUCUGGAGCCAUCAAGAGGAGGGCGGACGCCAGGGGCUUCUGGAACUUUCGCGUCUGGCUUUCAGUAUCUCGACGCUCUGGGCGUCGCGGCACGCCUCGGAGUAAACGUUGUUUUGCGAGAUUCCUUCGUCCGUGGGGACCAUCCCCUAGUUGAUAUGACAAGCGCACGACCGAAUCCAGACUACUGGUUAACCCUUCUGUUCCGAAGGCUAGUUGGUCAAAGGGUGCUUCGACUUAAUCAAGUGCCAUUAAGUGACCCCUACUUUAGGGUGUACGCCCAUUGCUCCCUUCAAUAUCCCGGGGGAAUCGUUCUAUUUGGACUGAACCUCAACAAUUAUGUUGCCAGACUGAAGAAGAGAGGCACACGGAUUGGAUGGGAGGUUCAACACCGGUAUGUACUUACUGCCGACUCGAUAGGAGACUCUGACGUUUACCUCAACGGAAGGUACCUGAGGUGGGACGGCAGUUCUUUGCCAUUUCUCGCAGCGGACACAGUUCGUGCAACUAUUGUAAAGCUCCCGCCGCUAUCUAUUGGGUUCUUUGUAUUCCCCCAAGUGGAUGCGCCGGCGUGCGUGUAAGCAAGCUCUCCAGCCCACGAGUCAAUGAUGGAGUGGCCAGAAGCGAGUAACAACGCGAGCGAUUUAGAAGGACCGGGCGUCACCCCAGCGUUAAGGCUUCGACCGGUAAAGGAGGGCGUCCUGCUGACCGGUCUCGAUUCCGUCAGCGAAAGGGGAACAGGAUGCGAACCUGUUUGGCGGCUGGCCAUGAGGCUGUCGUCCUCGCUUAUCUGCCCCAAGGAGGGGAGGGACGCCUAAAGGUUGACGUCGGCCCCGAGGAGAACGGGGUCGUCGGGCGACCCGCCCGUUUCCCCGUUUCUCAAAGAAGAACUGUCCGAUACUCGAAUUGAUCACAGAACACCGUCACAAAGGAAGAAUAAUCGGCUAACAAAUAAAUUUAUUUACCUCUUGAAAA